AUGGCAAGCCCUGGUCUGACACCAUCCCUGCUUCUCUUCCUCAUGCUCAUGGUGGUCUCCCUGGUGGGGAGUUCACUCGCUGGCGAAAUCGCCAUUUAUUGGGGCCAGAACGGAGAAUUAGAAAGCAACUUGACAAAUACUUGUGAAAAUGGCACGAAAGCGUUUGCUAUCAUCAACAUAGCAUUCCUCAACGUCUUCGGCAGUGGUCAAGAAGCUCAGAUCAACCUCACCGGUCACUGCAACACCUCCCACGGUGGUUGCACCACCAUCACCAACGGCAUAAAAUUGUGCCAAAACAAAGGAGUCAAGGUUAUGCUCUCAAUCGGAGGUGCCAUUGGUAAUUACACCCUCAUCUCCUCUGAAGAUGCCAAGAACUUCGCCCACUACCUCUGGAACCAUUUCUUAGGUGGCACUUCAUCGUCGAGGCCACUCGGUGAAGCUGUUUUAGACGGCAUAGAUUUCGACAUCCAGAGCGGGUCGACUCAGUACUAUGACAAUCUCGCGAGGUAUCUUUCUGAGUACAGCAAGGAGGUGUACUUGACGGCGGCUCCAGAAUGCUUCGACCCUGAUGGGUAUCUGGUCCCUGCAAUUAAAACUGGGCUUUUCGAUUAUGUUUGGGUUCAGUUCUAUAAUAAUCCUCCUUGUGAGUACAAAAACUCAUCUGGGAAUGUGAACGAUCUUCUGAGCUAUUGGGGGGAAUAUUGGUCGUCGUCGUCGUCAGUGCCGGCGACCCAGAUAUUCUUGGGAUUACCGGCGGCUUCACAGGCAGCAAGAAGUGGAUUCGGCCCUGUAAACGUUUUGAUUUCUGAGAUACUCCCAGUGAUCAAGAGUUCAGCCAAGUAUGGAGGUGUGAUGCUGUGGAAUAAAUAUUAUGAUGAGCAGAGUGGAUAUAGUUCUUCCAUUAGGGAUAGUGUUUGA